GCCCUUGUCGCCGGAGGUUGGCUUAAGUUUUGCUCUCUAAAUAAUGUUAAGUUUAAUGAAAAAAGUUUCCAUAAAAAGUGACCUUCCAGUGUUCAAUGCAAAAAUAUUUGAAAAUAAUAAUCCUCAGUGACGGUUCUACCAGUGCAAGUGGAUAUUUGAGCAAAAAACGACGAUAAUCAAUUCAUUGUUGUGAUCACUUCUAUUUACUUGCAGACAGUUUUUGGCAGUGGAACUCAAUAGUGCAAACAUUUAAAAAUGAAACCUAGAUGUGAUCACAGACAUAAAAUAUUGGCAAUUGAUCAAUAAAAUGCAGCGCUUUAUUUGCAAUGAUUCAUCCAGUAAAUUUACAAUAAAAAACUUUAAUCAUAUCUCAAACAAUACUAUCUCCUUGUGUGUGCUUCAAUAUUGAUGGCACUUCGUCGUUAUUCAGGUGAAGAAAUAAGAGGAACCUCAUAACUCGAGAACGCAAAUUAAAAAGAAUGAUAUGUUGAAAAUAAUUAUAAUAAUAAAGCUAGAAAUUUGAUUAACAAUUGAUUAUCAAGCUAAGAAAGGGGAUGUUACGUGAAUUAAAAAUUGAUCUCCCUGCUCCUACGAUUAUCGACCAAAUAUUGUAAUGAACAAGCAUAGAAAAAAGACCAUUAAAUGGAAAUAUUAGUGAAAUACUAACUACUUGAAGAGAAUUCAAGGUAUCUUUUAAUAAAAUUUUUGAACACUUAUAAAGUGAACAAAUAAUGGAAAGUAGGAGGAAAUCUGAGAUAAAAAAUUGAAUUGGAAUAUGAAAGUUUCAAAUAAGACUGAAAAGAAGUAAAAGACAUCACCCAUUUCGAGGUGGAAGAGAGGAAAAAUGAAAAAGAGGUUAUUGCUAGGAUUCAUCUGUGCAGUUAUCUUAUUUAUUUUAGUAAUAUCUAAAGAUGAUAAUUUUGCACAAAUUGUUGUUCCCUUUCUGGGCCCUUUUAGCGAACGCGAUAUAACUUGUUAUAAUGAAGCCUCUGAUAUUAAUGGACUUCAGGAAUUUGAGGCUUCAAAAGAAAAGGAAAAACCAAAAUUUGGACGGAAUAUUUUCUUUCAUGAAACUUCAUGUUUUGGGGAGGAAGGAUUUCUUUUGAAUGCAAGGCAAGCAUGUGCAGUGGAAUCAGCAGCAAAAAUGAAUCCGAAAAUGACUGUCUAUAUUUUAUUUUUGAGUCCUUCGAAAAUUUCUGAUUCCUCUAAAAAAGUGAUUCAAGAGCUUUUGAGUUAUGAAAAUAUCAAAAUUAGACGAAUUUAUAUAAAUAAUUAUGUAAGACACACACCUUUGGAAGAGUGGUAUGCUAGUGGAAUUUUGAGGACGAGCAGAUGGCCUAGAAGUCACAUGUCUGAUAUUUUGAGAUAUCUCACAUUGUGGAAAUAUGGAGGCAUUUAUUUGGACCUGGAUGUCGUCGUCAUCAAAUCAUUAGAGGGUUUAAAUAAUUUUGCUGGCGCAGAAGACUGGGAAGACGUUGCUGCAGGUGUAAUGGGAUUUGGAAUGGGAAAUUUAGGAAGAAGAGUUGCUGAAGCUUGUCUUCGAGAUUUGAAAAGAAAUUUUCGAGGCAAUGUUUGGGGCAAUAAUGGACCAGGAGUGAUAACUCGAACUUUGCAAAAACUCUGUGUUACAGAAUAUGCUCGUGAUAUGACCUCGGCACGUUGCAGUGGAUUCAAGGUUUUUGCUCCCUCUGCUUUUUAUCCAAUCCAUUACAAAAAUUGGACGAAAUACUUCGAUUUAGAGGCAAAAAACGAGACAAUGAAACUAUUUGAAAACUCGAAGGCCAUUCACGUUUGGAACAAACUAAGCAAAUGGGAACCAAUUCAUGUCGGCAGUCAAGUACCUUAUGCAAUAAUUGCACAGAAAUAUUGCCCGAAAGUCUACAACAAUUGCGGUGAAAUUUUCUAAAAAUAUAAUGAUAAGAUCGCCUAUUUUCUACCUUAUUCUUUCACGGUGGUAGUUAGAAAUAAAUUGAUCUUAUCUCACAUUGAGAACAUUUUUAUAUCGAAAAUUUGUAAAAAUAAACAUUAAAGUAGAAACAACAAAAAGAGCCAAAGGUUAAGAAUUUUUAGCUUUAGGAAUGUUUAGUUAAGUGUUGCUUAAAGUCUCUAUUUUAAAUUUGCUUUUUAAUGUAAAGCAAAAUUGAAUCAGUAUUAGAUAUUCGUUGUGAUUAUUGCAAAAAAUCACAGCUUUAUCUUGUUAUUGGAUUUGUUAAGUAUUUAGGUAUAUUAUCAAUGUAAUUAUUUUCUAUGGUCAUUUAAAUUAAAAAUACAAUUCAAGAAAAAAAUUCGAGCACAAAAAGUGGUCCAUCAGUCUGUAUGUGAUUUAUAAUUUAUAUGGAAAACUUAUAUCGCCUUGAUGAUUGUUAUAAACUAUUCGAAUAUCCUUAUUGAAAUAAAACUUUCUUUUUAUAUUAUAAA